AUGGGUCCCGCAUCCUCACCACAUGUCCUCAUCAUAGGUGCCGGUCUGGGCGGCAUGACUCUCGCCCAGACAUUACGGAAGCAGGGAAUCACAUUCGAGAUAUUCGAGCGAGAAGAGAACGACGAUGCCCGACAACAAGGAUGGGUCAUUGGACUGCACGGGUACGGUCUCAGCACAUUCUUUAUGUUCCCAUCUCACAUGGAAGACGCUGACCCUUUCCAUAGCAUGCUCGACGAUCUCAAAGCAUCGAUACCCGACGACAUGCCCCCUAUCGCGCAGGUGAACCAUCUUCUCCCUCUUGACUACGCCGUCGAGUUCGCCUGGUACAGCCUGAGCGGUGUGCCCGAUGCCGGCAAGGUUGGCGUGCGGGACGACGGGUCCGGCAAUAUCAUCCGAGCCCCUCGUCGUCGUCUCCGCCAGUGGUUGUCCACGAAUAUCCUGAUCCAGUGGGGCAAGCGAGCGGCUCGGAUCGAAGAAGACAAGGAGUCGGUGACGGUGUAUUUCGAAGAUGGGUCCUCGGCCAGAGGCGACAUCCUCAUCGGCGCCGAGGGCGCUCGCAGUACCACCCGUAAUCACAUCCUCAAAGGCCAGGACCCGAUCCCAAGAGCCGCCACCGGCGUCGUGGGCGGCACGUGUACGCUCAGCGGCCAAGACCUGGAAGAACAGCUCCGCCUGGGCCACUCCUGCUACCUGGUCGAUAUGCCCCCCGUCCACGGCUCGCCCAUGUUCCUCUUCGUAGCCCUGCACGAGAUGCUGCCGGACGGCAAGGCGGGCGAGUAUUGCUUCUUCAUCAUGUGGCCCGACGUAGACGCCGCGCGGGACGACUUCUGGACGUGGAACGCUGGCGGCGAGCAACUCCGCGACUUCGCCAUGCAGAAGAGCAGGGAACUGCCGGCCAAGUUCAGGACCGUCAUCGAGAGUUCAACGCCGAUGGAGUCGCCGCUUCGGUUCUGGGCCCUGGCGAUGGACUCGUUGCCGACGGGGCGGAUCACGUUGCUUGGAGACGCCGCCCAUGCCAUGCCACCUUUCCGAGGAGAAGGCGGCUACCACGCCUUGCAAGACGCGUUGAACCUGUCGAGGGCCAUUGCGAAGAUCGACAAGGACGACAACGAGAACAUCAAGGAGCUGUUUGGUGGGUACCAGGCGGAAAUGCUCGAGCGAGGCGCCAAAGCUUCAAGGCUGUCGGCCGCUGCUUUCUCGCAGUCCUGGGACAGCGAGGAUUCGGGCGCUCACUACUCGUGGGGACAGCCAGUCGUGCCAUUUCCUGAAGACUGA